ACACGAUAGAGAUAAAUAAAGCUUUUCUUUUGUGUGAAGGACAAAGAAGAAUAAGAGAGCAAAUUAAUUCAAUGAACAUAUCUGUUCUUUUACCUUCUCUCUUGUUUUACAAUUCACAAUAGAGAGAGAAAUAAAGCUCUGCUUUUUUGUGAAGGACAAAGAAGAAGAAGAAGAAGAAGAGAGCCAGCAAAUUCAAUGGACAUAGCUCCGAUGAUGGCACCGAUGAGGAUGACGGAGAUGUGGGCGAUGAUAGGCUCAACCAUUGCCAGUUUCAUGUUCUUUUGGGCCAUCAUAAGCCAAUACUGUCCCUACGAGGUCCGUCACUACUUGUCAGCAUAUACUCAGAGAAUCAAGGGCUACUUCUACCCCUAUAUCCAGAUUUCAAUCUACGAGUUCACCGGAACCCGGCUCAAGCGCAGUGAAGCCUACUCGGCGGUGGAGGCCUACCUCAGCGUGAAUUCGUCCACAAAUGCUAAGAGGCUUAAGGCUGAGAUGGGAAAGGACAGCAGCAAGUUGGUUUUAAGCAUGGACGAACAUGAAAAAGUGACUGAUGAAUUUCGUGGCGUGAAGGUCCGGUGGGUUUUGACUAAAAUCGUGUCACCGGCGAGGACCACGACGACGUUCUAUCAGGAGCCGGAGAGAAGGUAUUACAAGCUCAAGUUCCACAAGCGGCAUAGGGAGUUGAUAUCUGAGGCUUAUUUGGACCAUGUAUUGAAGAAAGGGAAGGAAGUCAGGAUCAAAAACAGACAGAAGAAGCUUUACACAAACAGUCCUACUUAUAAGUAUUCAUACGUCAAGAAGAGUAUGUGGAGUCACAUUGUGUUUGAGCAUCCUGCAACGUUUGAGACAAUGGCGAUGGAGCCGGAGAAGAAGCAGGAGAUUGUUGAAGAUCUAUUGACGUUCAGCCAGAGUAAGGAUUUUUAUUCAAGAAUCGGGAAGGCGUGGAAAAGGGGAUAUCUACUUUAUGGUCCACCGGGGACCGGGAAAUCGACAAUGAUCGCUGCAAUGGCGAAUUUGUUGAGUUAUGAUUUGUAUGAUCUGGAGCUCACAGCAGUGACGGACAAUACAGAGCUGAGGAAGCUUCUGAUUGAGACUACGAGUAAGUCCAUUAUAGUAAUCGAGGAUAUUGACUGCUCUCUUGAUCUUACAGGACAGCGGAAAAAGAAGAUUGAGAAAUCUUCCGAUGAUGAUGAAAAUGAGAAGGCCAAGCAGGAGGAAAUUGCUUUGGAAGAGGCCAGGGAAGCGAUGCGAAGCAAAGUCACCCUUUCGGGGCUCUUGAAUUUCAUUGAUGGGAUCUGGUCUGCCUGUGGAGGGGAGCGGAUUGUGGUGUUUACAACAAAUUAUGUGGAGAAGCUGGACCCUGCUCUGAUAAGAAGAGGGCGGAUGGAUAAGCAUAUUGAGCUUUCCUACUGCAGUUUUGAGGGAUUUAAAGUGCUUGCGAAAAAUUACCUGAUGCUGGAAACACAUCCAAUGUUUGAAUCGAUUGAAGGUUUGAUGAAGGAGAUUAAGAUUACACCGGCUGACGUGGCAGAGAACCUGAUGCCCAAGUCCCCGAGAGAAGGUGCAGAGAAAUGCCUUUCGAACUUGAUCCGAGCUCUUGAGGAUGUGAAGAAGGAAGCAGCUGCCGCGCUUGUGAUGAAAGCCGAAGAGGAAGUAAAAGACAAGGAAUUGGAAGCAGCUGCUUCUGUGAAGAAAACUGAAGAGGAAGUAAAAGGCAAGGAAUUGGAAAAGGAAGAUGCUUAGUGAUAUCACCAAGAUAAGCUAAACUACUAUGAAAUAACAACAUAGUUAUGUUAUUCAAAUCAUUCUCAUUUAGAAUUAUAUGUUUACUUUUUGCAAUGCUAA